AUGGCCGUCUUUACUCACGACAUCGUCCCCGAUGGAGAUCUUUAUAUUGUCCUGGAGGAUGCCAACACGCUACGUACUAUUCCAAGCGUCUCUCUCCGCUACUUAAACAUUAAUCUUCCUGAGUACAAGCUUGAUCCUUCCGUUGUGAACCUCCCAGAGACAUCGUCUGGGCUUGAGCUCCCCAAAGUCCAGAAAAAGGACUUGGAGUAUCGAUUUAGAGUCUCAUCUCAUCAUUUGACUCUUGCCUCUCCAAUGUUCAAAAAGAUGCUCGAUGGUUCCUGGAAGGAAUCAGCACCAACCGGAACGACCCCUACCGAGACGACCCCUAUGGAUAAGACUCCGACUAUUGUCGAAGCUUCUUCGGAGACCCUAGAUUCUGUUACUUCACUAAGUCCUGUAGCAGCCUCAACUUCUGAGGCCCCGCAAGUUUCCGCCGUGCGUGAGAUCUCAACAACAGGCUGGGAUGUACACGCCUUCAUCACAGUACUCAGAAUCAUACAUGGUUGCAAUCGUCAAGUGCCACAAGCUGUCAGUCUCAGCUUCUUUAUCGAUGUUGCUGUCAUUGUCGACUAUUAUGAGUGCGCCGACGCUGUGGCUAUUGCUGCGAAUCUUUGGAAACAGACAUUCCUCGGGCCCACCAAACUCCCCAUAGGAGGAAAGAUGUCGAUCAUGUGGUUAUGGAUUACUUGGGUUUUCUCUUGGCCCUCUGACUUCACUUCUGCAGCUUACAGAGAGGUGCGGAAUAGCGAGGGCCUAGAUCAUGUUGAUACCCAUGAUCUCCCCGUUGCUAUGCUCCUUGAAAAGUUGGAGAAGAAGAGGCAAUGGGCCUUGGAGCUUUUCUGUGCCAAACUCGUUACACUGCGAGCGGAACUCCGGGAAGGCCGUGUGGGCUGCAGUCAUAAAUGCAGGUGUAUAUUACUCGGUGCAAUUGAUGCCGCUGAGUACGAUAUGCACCAGGAGCUUACGACUUCUGGCCCACCAUACUCUGAGAUCUCUAUCGCGCUGAGAUCUCUAUCGCGCUUAUUGAUGAUGUUUGGGAGGAUAUUGAUUCACCUGAUUGUCGGGACCCUUCCGAAAGGAAGCGAGGUCCUCCUCGUCGUUGCGGUCUCCAGAAGCUGA